AAUCGUCUGUUUUUCUUCAUCCAUGUUUUUCUUGUUUUGCUACCUUUAGAAGGCGACAUGUGGCAUUACUUUAAGUGAACGGCCAAGAUUGAAUUAAAAACCAAACUGGAUGUAAUAACCCUCACCCAACUGAAUUAAUCUUGACCGUUGAUGACACGUGUCAUCUUCUGCAACUAGCAAAACACAAGAAAAACAGAUAAAGGGAAAAACAGACGAUUUUUAUCCCCUCCGCCUCCCGUUCUCGCAUUCGUUCAGAGCUCCCUGGUCCUACACUUAGCGCUCAAACAAAAAGGCAGAGCUCCUGAAGGAAAAGAGAGGUACCGUGCCCGAUCCCAGUGGACGGAUAUACUCUCGCCGGCGAAUCUUUUGUCAGAAAAGAUCUUUGUAGUUUACUGUCAGAGGCUCAGAACAGUUCCCUUUCGGUUCUUGUGUUUUCUUUUAUUACUGCUUAUAAACCCUAGGUUUCCUCAAUUUGUCGAACUAACCAGAUCUGAGAGGUUUUUUUUGGUAACAUUAUUCACAAUUUUUUGAACUGCUCGAACAUGGCGGUAUCAUUGCAUUGUGCUGCUGUUAGGAGUCCUUAUACGGGGCUUGAAAGGAGCUCCUCGCAUUUCUUGUCUAUCUCAUCAUGUCUCCUUAAAUCUGCGGCUUCCGUAGCUUCGACUUCGGGCCUUUCAUGUCAAAUGUUUGAAGGUGCGUCUAGAAGGAAUGCUUUGAAAAUCAGUUGCGACGCAGGUUUAACAUCUGUGAUUUCUAAGGGGCACAUGGAGAAACCCGUUUCUGAUGGAAAUGCUGGGCAGUUUACAUGCGUCAUGAAGUUUGGCGGUUCUUCGGUUUCCUCCUCCGAGAGAAUGAAGGAGGUUGCUGACCUUAUACUCAGCUUUCCCCAGGAAAUGCCUGUCAUUGUUCUCUCCGCAAUGGGAAAGACGACUAAUCAUCUUCUACUGGCCGGUGAAAAGGCUGUUAGUUGCGGCGUUUCUAAUGUCUCUGAUAUUGAUGAGUUGAGCUUUAUAAAAGAUCUUCAUCUUAGAACAGUUGAUGAGCUUGGAGUGCAUAGAUCUACUAUUUCUGGUGAGUACCUUUAUUGUGCUUGGUGUCAGUUCUCCUCUUUAGUUUAAUCGUUAAUCGAUCGAUAAUUAUAUGGUUGUAUAAUAUGGUUUAUUCUUUUGCUGCUCCAUUUAUUGCCUUAUUAAAUUGGCAGCAGGAUAUCGGAGCAGGUUUCAUAGUUUUGUAUACAGUUUAUGAUCAAGAUAAGCCAUGUUUCAUUUUAUGCUAUGUUGCUGAAUUUUGAGUUCAUAGUGAUGACACUUACAUUGGUGCGUUAGGUUGCGGCCAGCACUUAUUAUAAUUAGCCAUAACCCGUCAAUCUUUUCGUAUAGAUCCUUGCACUCGUCUUUGCUUGGAAUCUCGAUGUACCUGACCCCAUUAAGUUGGGAUACGGUUUUGGAUGUUGUUGUUGUAAUGAUGACACUUAUAUUAGGGUCUUAAAUGACUGUGGCUUAGAAAAUACAAGACAAAGAAUAGUUCCUAGGGAACAUCAUAAACACUUUCUAUCACUUGCAUCCUUUGGCAGUUCUCGGCCUGUUUUUUAAUCUCUGAGAUAAAUUACAUGUUAGGUUGUUGUGUAGUUACUGAAUAUUCAUUACCUUUGAUCUAGUCGCUAAUCUAGAAGUCAAUUUAAUGAGUAAGAAGGAUGCGUGGAAAUCUGAAAUUUUCAAAAAGAG